AUGCAUUGUUGUGCACAUAUACUCAACUUGAUUGUACAAGAUGGAUUAGUUGUGAUUGGAGAUGCCAUUGAAAAAAUUCGUGACAAUAUUGUGUAUUGGAAAGCAAACCCCAAAAGAGAACAAAAGUUUGAGGAGACAUCUCGGCAGUUGCAAAUUCAAAGUAAUAAGAAGUUGUCUCUUGAUUGUAAAAGCAUAUGGAAUUCAGCAUAUGAGAUGCUUCAUACUACUUUGAUUUAUAAGGAUGUUUUUUAUCGCUUAAGGCAACGUGAAUCACAAUAUAAAUGUUUGCCAACUGAGGAAGAAUGGGAGUUGGCAAAGGAAAUUUGUGGGAGGUUAAAGUUGUUUUAUAAUGUCAUUGAGUUAUUCUCAAGAACUAAGUAUCCCACAACAAAUUUAUAUGUUCUCAAAGUUUGUGAGAUCAGAAUAGCAUUAUCUCAGUGGCUUAGAUGUUUAUGUAAGGUUGUAAGGAAGAUGGCAUUGAAAAUGGUGGAGAAAUUUAACAAGUAUUGGUGUGUGAUUAAUGGCAUUUUGGGUGUGGCAGUAGUAUUGGAUCCAAGAUAUAAGAUGAAGUUGAUGGAGUAUUUUUUUCCUAUGAUAUAUGUGGAUGGUGCACUGGAUGAGAUUGAGAGGAUUCGUCAGUUGUAUUAUGACUUGCUUCAUGAGUAUCAAUUCAAAUCCAAGUAUAAAGAAGUUGGACAUGGUAGUGAAACUUUAGUUAGUCCGGUUUACACAUCUGAAAACAUUAAUAUGGAAGAACAAGAUCCGCUUUCCAAUUAUGACUUGUUUAUUAAUAGGAGUUCAAGUAAUUUGACUGUAAAGUUAGAGUUGGACCAUUAUUUGGAAGAAAAUGUGCUGCCUAGAACUUGGAACUUUGAUAUUUUAGUUUGGUGGAAGUCAAAUGGACUCAAGUAUCCUACCUUACAAACAAUUUCUAGGAAUGUACUAACUAUUCCUAUUUCUACAGUUGCUUCAGAGUCUACCUUAGCACUGGGGGAAGACAAGAAGUGCAAGCGAGAGCAGUUCUUGGAAUCAGAUGACAGGUCUGUUGUUAUAGAGAUCCAGAACAAGUCUAAAACUUCCAAGGCCUUUGUUGUUGAUGAACAUGCUUCCGAGCAACAGGAACAUACAGGAAACUUUACAGAGAUCCAGAAUAACUUUACAUACCAAUGGUUAGAGAUGUAA